AUGACGUCGCAAUUUGUAACGAACGAUGGAGUGUCCAUUGUGUAUAGCGAUACAGAUCCUCAGAAUGGGGAAGGACUGGAAUGCUUGAUUCUUUUGCAUGGCUUUACUGGUUCAAAAGAUGUUUGGCAAAAGAAUAUACCUGCCUUGCGCAAAACAUACCGUGUUAUUGUACCGGAUCUGAGAGGUCAUGGAGACAGCCAGAAACCAGAACACGGAUAUCAUGUUAGUCGUCUCGCGAUGGAUUUGCAUGAACUCACACAGCAUAUUAUCAAUUCAUCGGCUACCAGCCAAAAGGGUACUCGAGAAGACAAGAAGUUCCUUGCUAUUGGUGGUAGUCUCGGAUGUGCUAUUUUAUGGAGUUAUGCUGAACUUUUUGGAACGAGCUUGUUCAAGAAAAUGGUCUUUGUGGAUCAGAGCCCUCUCCAAAAUUCUACAUUAGACGGUUGGGAUAGCCGAUUUUGCAACCGCGGUAUGAAUAAUCCAUGGGCGAUUGCUUCUCUUCAAAAGACUCUGGAGUUGGCACCGGAAAUUGCACAUCGGGGAACUAUUGCUGCUUGUUUGGGAUACCGAUAUGCACCUCUUGAAUCUGAGAAGGGACUUAGGGCGCAGAAGGAAAUGGAUGAUGAUGAGGCGUUUUUCUUGAGAGAGGCACUCAAGGGACAUGGAAGAUGGUUGGGGAAACUCAUGGAGGAUCAUACAUCUAAGGAUUGGAGAGAUAGCAUUCGUGCUUGUUUUGGAUCGGAGAGCGGAAGUGAGACGGAAAUUUUAGUUGUAGGCAGUAGCAGGAGUGGAUGUUUUCCUGCAGAGGGAGUAUUGAAGAUUGUGGAGUUUAUAAAUGGUGGAAUGAAAAUGGAUGGAAAGACUGGAGAAGGGAAGGCACGAGGUGUAGUAGUCGAUUGGGGCGGUCAUUGGUGUUAUUGGGAGGAGCCGGAUAAGUUUAAUAACCUAGUGUUCGGGUUUUUUGGAGUAGAUUGA